GAGUAACCAUUGGAGUCAACAGUCUUCACUGCCUAGAUCUCACCGAGGAGUCUUCGGACCCUGAAGAUCUCUGGUGGACCGGGAGGUGAGAGAUUCAGAUAAACCCAGCAUUUGGAGGGAGCCAUUGACAGAUUCUCAACACCUGGAUUGUCAAAAAGAGGCAUCUGAAACCCUCAGAGAGUCUGUACAGGCUCUGCAGCUGACUCCGGGCACUGUGGCCUCCUCGCUUCAGGCUGCUUUCUGAAGUCCACCACCUCAUCCACACCGCUUCCAGCCAGGAGAGAAGGUGUGGAUCAAGAGACACUGAGCUGAGGCACUGGGACCCCACUGGAAGCCACCACACCUCGUCAUCCUGAUCAUCUCCACUGUGUCCAGCAUCCCACACGUGGCUACAUCACUCUCAGGUCACGUGUGCCACUGGGAACGACAGCCUAGCUAAAGAAAAGCAGAUUGUCAUCAAGACCUGCGAAGAUCCACUAAAGAUAAGCGUGACAUGGGGUUUAAUUUAGUGCUGUUGUUUUGUCUGACUAUAUUCCCUUCUGUUCUUUCUGGGAACCCAAAUGGGAAACGCCCAGCUCCCCGGGCUCCUGUACUAACCAAACCAGCCCCUAAGGCAUGGAAGUUCCAUGUAAUUGCCCUGGAAAAUCACAACAAGACCAUAGGUUCUACCUUCUGUCCAGUCACAGGAUGUGCAAGUGCUAUAAGCCUCACUUUUGAUAUAAGGGACACCUGCCAAGGGAAAUGUAUAAAUGACUUCUACAAUGCUAUGUCCUCUCCUAUAUAUGUCUGUUUUAUGUAUGAGCAAACUCGGCCCGACUGUAAGGACCCAAAUUAUGGAGGAUGUCCACACUGGAGCUGCAAAUAUCAUAGUACUUGGACCAGAUGGGGAGGAGAAAAUCCAUCCAAACUCACCUCAGUUGAUUGGCAUACUAAGGUCAACUACUUAAUCCCUGACCCUUGGGAUAUUAGAUGGAAAAAAGGGGUUGUGGGUUUUGUCUAUAGACAUAAUGAGAAGGAUUCAGCCUUUGAUGGGAAGACUAAGAUAUUCAUCUAUAGAGCUUUAGCCGAGUUCACACCUUAGAAUUCCUUUAUUUGAAUGCUGUAACGGAACCAGCUGCUAUACCUGCCCUGGCCCUGUUGGUGGGGUUCACCAGCUGACAUCACUUCCCGUCACCACCACCUUUCUCUCUCUCCUUAGCCCUACUCCUCUGGCCUCCUUUGAACCCCUUAUGACAAUUUUAAUACCACAUACUUGCUCAUGAAGGUUGCUAAUCCAAA